AUGGAUGCGAAAAAGGUAGAGUCUUACUCUGCAGAUGCAAUUAGCUCCCUUCCAGAUGAGAUACUAACCCAGAUCUUGUGCUUCCUCCCCACUAAACGAGCUGCUUCCACAGCGAUUCUCUCCAAGAGAUGGCGGAAUCUCUUCCCGGAGAUGAUUCGCCACUCAUCCUCUCAACACCAUCUCCAAUUCGACGCCUCCGAUUUACUUUAUCACCAUCCCAAAGAGAACCGCAUUGAGAGGUUCAGGGCUUUCGUCGAUUCAACUCUGUCGAUUCAUCGCAGUCCCAUAAAAAAGCUCUCUUUGAAAGUCGAACAUGGAUUCGACCAAAUCGAAAACCACGCCAACCGAUGGAUAUCGAGUGCCUUGGAACAAGGCGUCUCGGAGCUUGAUCUCCGAAUCACCUUUUGUUGCCGACCCAGACGAACCAGAGAAACUAGAGCCAUACCAUUGGCCUCUUCUUCCAGCUCUCUUCACAAGCGAUACACUGGUGAAAUUUUUCUUCCGGUGCUAAAGAGUCUCUCCCUCCAUUCAAUUUGCUUCGACGAUAAUGAUUUAGGAGAUUUCCUGUCUGCUUGCCCUGUUCUGGAGGAGCUAUGCAUACAUCACACCGAGAUUGAUUCCAAAUACUGGGACAUAUAUUACAAAAUCGUUCAUCCAACCCUCAAGAGACUCACGAUUCACCGGGAUCUUCAGAAUCACGACUACCGUGUGGUUACAUUCAGCACACCCAAGCUUACUUACCUAGACUACUCUGACCAUGUUAACUCCUGUGACGAUUACUCUGCCGCUGCCUUCGUCGAUUCCCUUGAAGAAGCCCGAAUCGAUCUCGCUCUUCCACAUGAUCGCCGGUGUGACCCUGAAGAUGCUUUUGCACAUGAUUGGCGGUGUGACCCUGAAGAUGUUUCCAAGUUCGUUUCUUGGAUAUGCAAUGUUCACACCCUUCACCUCACUUCCUCUACUGUUGAGCUCAUGUGUGAUUGCUUAGUAUAUUGGCUUAAAAAUGGUGGAUUUCCUCUGUUUAAGAACCUUGCUUGUCUGUCUUUCGAGAGUAAAUCCAAAAAUGGUUGGAAAGUACUUUGGAGUCUUAUCAACAACUCUCCAAUGCUCGAGAAUUUGAUCAUCAAGGGCUUUAACGGUGUAAGAAGGAGCCGCGAGGUCAGCGUCAAUGGAAAUGCGAUGAAAUUGCUGGAGAUUCAUGGGUAUAGAGGAAGUGCUAGAGAACUGAGACAGGUGAAACGUUUCUUGUGUGAGAUGGAGUUUCUUCAACUGAUGAAAGUCGGAGUUGACGCUAACGUAGAUGAUGACAAGAAGUUGCAACUCACUCAAGACCUUGUUGCUCUUCCUGAGCGUUCCUCCAAAUGCCAAAUCCACUUGCUGUGA